GGUGGGAGUGCUCACAGCCAAAGUGUUGUGUGUUGUGAUGCUGGAUGCUGAUUCGGGAUGACAACAGGAGAAGCUUAGCAAGAGAGAAAGAACAGAAGAAAGGCUGAGAGGAACAAGACCCUCAUAAUGGCUCUUCAGUCUGACCAACACCUGUUUGAAGCCAAGUUCGAUGAGCUGCUGACAGAGAUGACAGAGAGAGACGUCACAGAUCCUGAUCUGGUUGAUGCCUACAAAAGGUUAAGAGAGAUUUUGGUAUAUAAUGUCACUGGAGGCAAGAAGAACAGAGGGCUGUCCGUGAUUGGCUCUCUGAGGGAGCUUCUUCCACCCUCUCAGCUCACCCAGGAUACAGUGCAGAGAGCUUUGAUGGUUGGCUGGAGCAUCGAGAUGGUUCAGGGAUUUUUCCUAAUGGGUGAUGACAUAAUGGAUGGCUCUGUGACUCGAAGAGGACAACUCUGCUGGUACAAGAAGGAUGGAAUAGGUCUGGAUGCCAUCAAUGAUAUAUUUCUCUUAGAAGCGUCAGUCUACAGACUUCUUCGCCGACACUGCAGGACUCAGCCCUACUAUGUCCACCUACUGGAGCUUUUUAAUGAGAUCACCUUCCUGUCAGAGCUCGGUCAAGCUCUGGACCUCAUGACUGCUGCUCCUCUGGGCCAGAUUGAUCUCAGCCUGUUCUCGAUGCAAAAAUAUAAAGCUAUUGUAAAGUACAAGACAGCUUUUUAUUCAUUUUACUUUCCAGUGGCAGCUGCUAUGUACAUGGCAGGAAUUUACAGCGAGGAGGAGCACAAUAACGCCAAACAAAUCUUACUGGACAUGGGAGAGUUCUUUCAAAUACAGGAUGACUACUUGGACUGUUACGGUGACCCGGUUGUGACUGGAAAGAUUGGGACAGACAUCCAGGACAACAAAUGCAGCUGGUUGGUGGUGAAAGCCCUGGAGGUCAUGUCUAUGAAGCAGAGAACAGAGAUUGAAGCUUGCUACGGUCGCAAGGAUGAAGCCAGCGUGGCAAAGGUCAAAGAGCUGUACAACACCCUGCAAAUGCCGACGCUCUAUCACAAGUAUGAAGAGGAGAGCUACCAACGGCUGCAGAAACUCAUCGCUCAGCACGCACAGAACCUUCCUCACUCAGUCUUCCUCAAUUUUGCUAAAAAAAUCUACAAAAGGAACAAAUAAGGGGUCAAGAUGGCUGUUGAAAAUGAUAAAGUUUAAGUUUUAUCGAGAUCCAAGAAUCUUUGUUUUCUUUAAAAUUACGUUUGAAUUUGCAAAUACACACAUCUUAUGCCAUCUAAUUACUGUUGAGUUGACAAACUCUUUCAUGGGUCAAGUAAUUUGCUACAUUAAUGGACAUUUUAUUUUAGUUAGCUGAUAACAUCUUAAACCAAACAUAUUGCACCACAUACUAAUAGAGAUUAGUUGAUAUUCUAAAAUAUCCUGUUUCUUUUUACUUCACUCUACCAUGUUUUGGGAAUUAUCACAUAAAAUUCUUGUAAAAUACAUUGAGGUUUGUGGCAGUAAAAUGACAAUUUAAGGGGAUGACUACUUUUAGAAUGCACUGUGUUUUGUUUGUGUGCUCUCUAAAGUUAUCUUUAUAGCUCAUAUAAAUCUGAUUCAGAGGCUUUGUUACCUUCUAACACCUGCUCUCUUGAGUGUGUACUUUUCUUGCUAUAUAUUGUCUAAUUAAAAAGGGAGAAAAGCCCAAAACAAAGCAUGUGUAAGUUGUUUUGAUGAGUUAAACUUUAAACCACUAACCAAUGACCUCUACACGCUUUCCAACGUAUACUGUAAGAUGAAGGAGCAAGCGUGUUAAAUAUAGACACAAAUGCAAAAAAAAAGGGUUUUACAAAUGUUUUUCUUAUAUUUUAAAAACAAUUUUAAAUAUUUUCAAACAACUUUGAUACAAAAUAAACUUUAGCAUUUGAAUGUC